AUGACCGAUGCGCAAAGCUCCAAACCGGGGUUUGAGGUCACCACGUCACGACAGCCCACAACUGACGAACAUGAUCUAAUAUGGAAACCUCUCUACAAGCCACCCAUGAACGGACUUGAAAAGAAGAAGGAGAUCACAUUACAUUCAGUAGUUAAUAACGGUAUCACAGUGGUACUUAUUGGGAGACAAGAUGGUCAUCGAGCCCCCCCUGCUGCCCCAUGGAUAACCGACGAGGAACUAUGGUUCAUGGAUUGGGCGUUCAAAGACACUACCAGAGAGCUUCUGAGAGAAGACGUUACGUUCAAACUGGGCCGAUUUCAGGGUAUGCCAAACUUUCCACCACUCCAACUGGAUAGAGGAUACGGUGUUGCCCUCUGCGUGCGCCGGUCGAAAGCAGCACGGUAUAUUGGACCUAUAGAGUUUCGCUCAGUGAACGAUGAAGUCUUUAUCAAAAAGUUGCAGACUCUGGCUUAUGAUGUCAGAAAAGCAACUUUCCUGCACAAAGAUCUGGUCUGGUCCAUUCGUAUCACAACUUUCUUCUCUCAAAAUCCACCAACCGGUGCGCCCAAAUGGUGGAAACCAGAGGCCGAGCUUGAUAGAGAGGAAUGCGAGUUCGCUCCAACCUUGUCCAUACCAGAAACACCCAAAACACUUGUACAAAACCAAUCUGAGCAGAUACUUUUACCCGCAACGCCAAAGCGCUAUCAGAAAGGUCGACAGUCCACCAUACCUAAUACCUUGUCACCCAGCUCUCCGUCGUCGUCUACUCGACCAAAUAGUCAAGCGAGACUCCGUAGUGGUAAACCCUCUCAACAAAGCAGAGCCGCAUCGGUUUCAGGAGAUAUAGUGAUCGAACAGCGAUAUCUAAAUAUUCCUACUAUAGGCAGUGUUUUGAGAAGAGCUACAAAUAGACCAGAAGCAAAUGUACCGAAGAAGCCCAGUUGGCGACCGGCGGGAUAA